AUGCUCCAGCGUCAUGGCAGUAGUGUCAUCGGCUUGUCCAACCCGGCUUUCGCCUCCCAUCGCCGCAGAAUGCUUGAUUUGAUCAACGGGCUGCACCUCACAGGGAUACAAGCAGACUUGCCGCUUCCCGUCAUAGCCGUCGUCGGCUUUCAGAGCGCCGGAAAAUCCUCGCUCAUCGAGGCUAUAUCUGGGCUCACCCUUCCUCGGGCGCCCGGUCUUUGUACCCGGUGUCCCACGGACUGCCGUUUGACUCGAUCCCCGGGAGAGUGGAGCUGUAAAGUUUCACUGCACCUGUCCACGUCGUCUGACGGAAAGCUGCUGGGGUACAUCAAGGAAGUUCAGUUUGGUGACAUCAUCUAUGACAAGAGCGAGGUCGAAGAGCGCAUACGCCGGGCGCAGCGUGCCAUCAUCAACCCCAGCACCGAUUACACUGAGAUCCUCGAGGGUCUGAUCCCCGAUCAGGAUGAACUCCGGUUUUCGAAGAACACGGUGUCCCUGCACGUCACAAGUGAGGAGGUCGAAGACCUCUCUUUCUGCGACCUUCCUGGUGUGAUCUCGAGCGUGAAUCGAGGAGAGAACCGCAACGACAUCCAGACCGUCAAAGACAUGGUCUCUUCGUACAUCUCUAACCCUAGUAGCAUCAUCCUGUUGACCAUCAGUUGCGAAGUUGAUAUCGCCAACCAGAGUGGUCUCAGUCUUGCACAAGAGCAUGAUCCCGCGGGAAAGAGGACCAUCGGCAAGUAUAGCGUUCUCACGAAGCCAGAUCGUAUUGCUUCUGGUGACGAGGACCAAUGGCUCCGAUUCAUUCGGAACGAGUCCGAGCCUUUGGACCAUGGCUGGUAUUGCGUCAAGCAGCCAGAUUCCGUCCAGAUCAAGCAAGGCAUCACUUGGGAAGAGGCGCGGGAAAAGGAGGAAGAGUUCUUCGAGAAAACAUCCCUGUGGUCCGGCCUCGACACCAGCUAUCGCAGUCGUCUAGGGACGGCCGCCCUCAUGCGGCGCUUAGGCGAUGUGCUCUCGGAUUCGAUUUCCAAAGGGCACGUCUUGGUGGGCCGUACGCGAGAGAGAGUGCAGGACCUCUUAGUCGAGUCCGAGGCCAAACUCAUGAAGCUCCCCAAGCCGCCGUCCUCCGAUGCUCUGUCCGAGGUUCUAAGCCUGCUGGCGACGUUUUCGAAGGCGCUCAGCCAGUACGUCGAGGGCACUCCCAACGCUGACGGCCUCCUCCAGUCGAUCCGGCCAUCCCGCAACACAUUCCGAGAUGCGAUUCGUGCGACGGAGCCCGAUUUCAGGCCGUACGACCGCCAGUUCGUCACGAAGAAUGAGGCGGAACACACGUAUCGGGCGCCGCCUUUCCUCGUGAACGAAGGGAGCUCUUACACGCCUCCGGACAAUUCACGCGCGAUCCUGAUUGAUGACGUCACAUUGCGCACGCAGGAAGCAGUGACUCGCGAGCUCCCAGGCUUCUUCCCGUACGAAGUCGUCCGCAAUUACGUCACGACCAUCGUCGCCGACUGGCAGCGUCCAGCGGAGAACCUCUUCCACGAUAUCCAGCAGACCCUCAUCAAACACGUCAAAGCGCUCAUCGACGAGCACUUCUCUCAGUACCCAUACCUCAAGGCAUGCAUCCUGCAGCUCACAGUGGACUUCAUCCUCACCGUUCACGAGAAGGCUUUCGAUCGCAUCCAGUGGUUUAUCGCGCUCGAGAGAUCGCCUGCGACACUUAACGAAGACUACUACAACGAAUAUCACGAGAAGUUCGAGGCGCAUUUCAAGGGUUGGCGCCCACCCCGCGACGGCGACCCGCGCGGCGCGCUCGUGCGGCGUAUUGGGAACGGGAACGCGAACUUCCGGAACGCGCUCGAUGCAGUGAUUGCGAACCUCGCGAAUAUAGGGCUUCACGGUACGGAGCCGUCUGACCUCGCGAAACUUCUCCCACCCGACCCGUACGACACCUCGAUCGGGAUUAUGGCGAGUGUGCGGGCGUACUUUCAUGUCGCGCACAAGCGGUUCAUGGACAACAUCCCGAUGGCGAUCGACUACGAGCUGGUUCGCGGGCUCGAUCGCGACCAGGCGCUGGAGAAGGCGCUGCGGGAGGGGCUGAGGAUCGGCGGCGUCGACGGCAUCGAAAUGUGCAAGAAGUACAUAGAGGAACCGCCCCUCGUUGCCGAGCGUCGCGAGGAGCUCCGGAACAAGCUCGAGCGUCUGCAGGCGGCAAAAAAGCAGAUUAUGGCGGGUUGGCACUGA